AUGCUACCCCUUCCACUGAAAAGCGAGUACCUUGGGUACAAGAAGGACACGGACGCAGGCUCCUGGGACACCUCGGACGCCUCAUCACUCUCCACGAAGUCUUCCAGCGGCGGUCGGAAGAAGGGCAAGGCGCGCAAAGCAGCCAGCGCAGCUGUUCAAGCCACGAAAAAGGCCAUCCAAGGUGUCUCCAAGUACAUUGUUGCCAUAGCGGACUAUCCCAAGUUGGCAAAGCACAUUGCCGACACCGCGGACCCCACCAUUACAGUUCCCGAUAACUUUGCGGCCACCAUCGACCGUGUAAUCUCCAUUCGCUCCGGCUUUGGUGAUCGCUUGGCCGAGCAUGGUGCUGGACCGGACACCAAAGCCGACCUGAAGCACCGCCACUUUGUUGAGGUCCUGAAGAAGGUCCGAGAAGCCCUUCUGCCUCGCAUGUCUAGCAAAGCCUCUAGCUCGACAGAGGUCAAGGCUGCUACGUCAGAUGAAAUCAGCAACAGAUUCGCUGGCCUGGCCGUCGAAGAGCCCUCGCAAGCCUUCCUGAACGCUCUUGAUGUCGAGAGACCCACCCAGCCAACGGAAGAUAAGACCAUCUACGAAGCUGAGACUCUCGCUGAGCUCGAAGAUGUUCUGUUCACUUAUACCAUCAUGAUGAACGACCUUGCCCGCAUCCGGGCUACCAUCCGGGCUACCAUCCGGUGGAUUUGGGAGAACUACCAGAAGGGCCUCUUCGAUAUCGCAGCGGCGGCUGUUGCUACCGACACAGCUCUCGCUUUGGCCCGCGGCAUCAUUGACGAGGCCGAACCCAACUUCAAGAACUUUGAGGAGGCUACCUGGGGUGUGCAACACAAGUUCUUCCUCGCUUGCUGUCUUCGCAAGGGCUACGACAUCGACAGCGUCUUCUCUGAUGAUGCGUCUGACAACUUCAACUACGACAUGUAUGAUCUUGCGGAUGAGUGCUUCGUAAACGCUCAUCGCUGUCUGCUUUCUUUCCUCGCCAUUCUCUCUCCAGACCAUUUGCCCAUUAUCAGGGAAGGCGUCAUGGGCCACUAUGAUCCCACCAAAAACCGGGAUAACCUGCCUGGACACGCAAAGUUCAAGGAAGAUCAGAUCCUACUCAUGGAAUUUCUGAGUGAGCUAACGGUUGUUACCCGUAUCAUUCCCAGCUAUCCCGUCGAGGAUGAAUUCAUGCGUGGAGUUAGAGAGAUGGACAAGACAGGCAAGAUCCCAUUCUCACUCGUCUUUGCCGCCCAGACCUUCCUCGACAUUCAUCACCUGCUAAGAGCCGAUGUUUCGCGAGGAUCCAAGUUCAUGCAGAAUGAGAUCAAGCACCUCAGUCAAACCCUCAAGGAUCACCUUGAGUACCACAAGAAGAGCAAGUUGCGGAUCAAGAACUGGCCCGAACGCAUGGAUGACAUGCUGCGGUUGGUGAUCAAGCAGGGGCAGGAGAUUGUGGCGGACCCCGUCUACCAGUGCAAGGUUGGCUACUAUCGGCGAAACAAGAUACCGAUUGCAUCGUCUAUGAGGCCCAACCGAAUCCUGGACUAUUCUCCAGUCCUUGCUGGCCUCAACCUGCUCAGUUUCCGAGGGGACAUGUACUCCAUUGGCCUCGACGCUGCAAACGCUUGGGGAUCCAUCCAGUAUGCAACCCAUCUCUACUCUGCGCUUCAGAAUGAGAAGCUGGUUGAUCCUCACUUUUGGCCCGACUUGGAAAUGGCUCAAGCCCUUCUCCCUGAUUCCAGCUUCUUUCCUGGAGGAAAUGCCCCGAAGACUCGCAAGAAAUACCUUGACACCUUCGUUCUCCAGAUGGGGGCUGCUGGGGUCCCGCGCGGCAUCAAGAAAGGCCUGCCAGUUUCAUCCAUCUUCGUGGAGAAGUAUUUGAAGCGCACCGAAGUUCCGUGGACGCCCGAGAAUAUCCACGACAUUGUUUCCCGUAGCGGGUUCGAGGCUAAGGGCGAACUGGGCAAAGGAAACUUGCUGAUGUGGCAAAUCGAGGAAAAGGACCAGAAGGAUAUUGAGAAGAAACGCGCGUUGGAGGCGGCAGUCAUGGCUCUCCACGCGGAAGUCACGGAGAUGUCGUUCCCUUGGUUGACGCUCCACAAGUCAUGCUGGGAGAUGAUGAAGCUGGUUAAGGAGAAGAACCAUCAGCGUUUGUCGCAGAUCUUUGGAAGCGGCUACCUCAAUGACAAGAGCCAAAUGCCGUUUGUGAUUGGGUACAUCUUCAUGACCACGUGCGGCGAGUGCCCCGGACAUCUGAGGACCAUGGACCUCAUGAAGCAGGCCGCAGAGGCCAUCAAGGAAUAUGCUACACGGGAUUCGGGAGAUCCGUGCUUGAAGCUGUUCGCUGAGAUGGGACAUCCUGUCCAGUUCGUCAACGAGGAGGAACUCAUUGAGAACAAUGCUUAGAGAUAAGAAAGAAACGUGGUCCAAAGCCAAUAGCAUCUAGAAAUGAGGAAGAUGUAGCAUAGUUGUGGUUCUUGAAGGGGAUUAAAUCUCGGAAGAUUUGUGAUGCUAGUUGGAAGAAACCACUUAAUGACUGAUAUCUUCUAGUUCUUUCGUCCUCAACUUCAACCCAUUAUCUCAUUCAC